CAGACUAAGAGAUGCUAAUGGUUACCAGUGGAGCAGUGGCAUUCGGAAAGCAAAGACUGAAUGCUGAAAUGAGGAUGUCUAUGUCUAUGAGAGAGACACUUUCACAAAAUAAAUCUCUAGUUCAAGGAGUCGUCAGACCAGAACCUCGAGCAGCUGCAGCCGUUGGACAAUCAGGACUGAUGGCACUUUAUGACGUCAUGUUUGCUCAGUAUGGAGUACAUAUAGCACAAGUCUUGGUCACAAAACCUGAUUUUUAUAACCCUGACAGCCGCACCAAUUUAAAAAGUACUGUUUUAGAGCUUCUUGCAUUGAACAUCAUUCCUAUUGUGAAUACGAACGAUACCGUUUCAAUUCCUGACGUUGAUUACUCACUUGGUGAUGCAAAGUAUGAUGAAAAAGGGCAAGUAAUAAAUGUUAAAGAUAAUGAUAGCUUAGCUGCUCAUUUAGCAGCUGAAAUGCACGCUGAUCUGCUGAUUUUGAUGUCCGAUGUAGAUGGUAUCUACACCAAUCCCCCCAGCCAAGAUGGUGCUCGAUUUUUAUACAGUUACUGCCCUUUCUUAGACGGAAAUAUCCAUUUCGGUCAGAAGUCCAGUGUAGGGACUGGAGGUAUGGAAUCAAAGGUUGCCGCUGGAAGCUGGGCAUUGGAACGUGGUAUUGCUGUUGUCAUCUGUAAUGGUACAGAUGAACAUGCAGUAAGUCAGAUAGUACAAGGUAAACGAAUCGGAACGUUUUUCACUGAUAAUAAAAACGUGACUGUUACUGUGGAAACGAAUGCUAUUAAUGCUCGAGAAGGUAGUCGAAAAUUGCUUAAACUUACUGGAGUCCAACGAGCUGAAAUAAUUUUAAGCUUAGCUGAACUUUUAGAGGCCCGUAAGGAACAGAUAUUAAAAGCAAACGCAAAUGAUAUUCGUGAAAGUAUUGCUUCAGGUCUUGCAGCACCUUUACUUUCCAGACUCAGUUUAACAUCGGAGAAAUUGGAUGAAUUAGCUGAUGGUUUAAGGCAAAUAGCUGAAACUACGCAUAAUGUUGUUGGCAAGCUGCUGAAAAAAACUAAAAUUGCAGAGGGCAUGGAACUUCAUCAGAUAACUGUUCCCAUUGGUGUACUUCUCGUUAUAUUUGAAAGCAGACCAGACUGCUUACCGCAAAUAGCAGCAUUAGCAAUCAGUUCGGCAAACGGAUUACUUCUAAAAGGAGGAAAAGAAGCAAGUCACACGAACUCUUAUAUAAUGAAAUUAGUAGAAGAAGCCUUAUCAAUCCACGGAGUGUCUGAAGCAAUUUCGUUGGUUGAAACACGUGACGAUGUUGGAGAACUUCUCCAGAUGGAGAACUACAUAGAUCUAGUAAUACCUCGUGGUUCUACCCGAAUGGUGAAGGAUAUUCAGAAACAAAGCAAAGGCAUUCCAGUUUUGGGCCAUAGUGAAGGGGUUUGUCACAUUUACAUUGAUGAAUACGCUGAAAGGGAAACUGCGUUAAAAAUGAUAAAAGAUUCGAAGUGCGACGAUCCUGCAGCUUCUAACGCCAUGGAAACAAUUUUACUCCAUCGAUCACAUUUAGAAAAUGGGUUCUUCAAUGAAAUUUGUACAAUGCUAAAGAAAGAAAACGUAACAGUCUAUUCAGGACCACGACUACAUAGCCAUUUAACAUUUUCACCACCUCUUGUGAAGUCAAUGAAAACAGAAUAUGGUUCGUUAGAAUGUGCAAUUGAAAUUGUCGAUAGCGUGGAUUCUGCAAUAAACCAUAUUAACAGCUUUGGAAGUGGACAUACGGAUGUUAUAGUAACUGAAGAAAUGAAUAAUGCUGAAAAAUUCUUGCAAGGAACAGAUAGUGCCGACGUUUUUCACAAUGCAAGUACAAGAUUUGCUGAUGGAUACCGCAUGGGCUUAGGAGCAGAAGUCGGCAUCUCUACCACACGAAUUCAUGCCCGUGGUCCUGUUGGAGUUGAAGGUCUUUUAACCACUAAAUGGAUUUUAUACGGUUCCGGAAAUACCGUUACUGACUUUAACUCGGGAAAAGAUAAAUAUUUACAUGAAGAACUCCCAUUAGAUUCUUGAGUUUAGAUGUAUUUGCACAUCCAUUUCAUAAAAAAAAGUUGUAAAUACUCUUGAGCAAUGCAUAAAUCAUUGAAAAAUUGAUGUUCAAUUUAAGAGAGUAAAAAAAAAGAAAAAAAAGGGGAAAAAAACCUAAUGGAAUGGUCAACAAUGAGAGAACAUGACAACAUGAACCCCAAUCAUUAACAAUACGGAAAAAUACCACAGCUUUAUAAAUUUUUACAUUAUACAGAGUGUCUAAAAAGGUCAUUGACAAACUUAAAGUGCCGGUCUGCCAUAUCAAAAUGAACAUGAUUUACAUUGGAACUUGUUUUCGAAAAUGCAACAGCUAGCGAGUUAUGCCCGCAGGUUGAUAGGAGAGUCAGAAAAGUAACCAUUUCAGGCGAUGACGUUGCAGGAGAAGGAUCCAUACUAUAAGAAACUGCUGUUAUGAAGUUUGCAUUGUUGCGAACGGGAGGAAUUUUAAAUAUUUUCUGUAAUUUAACGAUAUUGUUUAAUAAAAGUCAUACUGACACCUCUUUCAACAUCCUUUUUUUAUACCUCUCUACGCCUGCAAACAUUGCCAAUUAUCCAACAGCUGUCGCAGCUUGAAUUUUCGGACUCAAGUUUCCAUGUAAAUUUUGUUCAUCGUGAUAUGACCGACUGGCACGUACUUAGCUUGGCAAAGACCUUUGGAGACAGCCUGUAGUUAAAUUUCGCAUUUUUCCAUGGAAUCCUAUAAGCUCUUGAAUGUAGAUUCUUCACAAGUUCCGUAGUGGAACUAGGUUGUUUUAUAAUAAAUGGGCUCCCCAGAGCCUGCAUGCUUGA